AUGAUUCAUCUCAACGAUCAAGAUGAAAGUAACAAUAUUCAUCUUUCUGAUGAGAAUUUAGUUUUCAUUACAAAUGCAUUAUUUUCCAACUCUGAUGAUCCAGCAGUUAUUAGACCAAACGAUCCUCAGAGAUGUGAUCAAAUCACAUUAAUAAAUACAAUUUGUAGUACAUUUGCAUUCUCACCAGAGCAUUUAACAGGCAGAUCGAUUUUCCUCUUUCUAACACAAGCUGAUUUAGAGGAGAAAUGUAAGCACUUGACAAAUUGCUGCGGUGUCGUUAAUACGAAAAAGUUCCCAAUCUGGCUCGUCAACCAUUCAGAUACUUUGGAACCAAACGCAUAUGGGUAUCUUUGCGAUUCAUUUUAUAAGCCAACACAUUCAUUGAACUUUUGA